AUGGCGAACUUCCGUUCCCUUAUCUACCCCCUCUUGUUAGCUGCAAUUGCGUUCACUUGCCAUUGUCAGGAAAGAAAGGUUUACGUUGUAUACAUGGGAAAUCUUCCCAAGGAAGGAGUGUCUGUGGCGUCGCACCACACCAUGCUGGAAGAUGUUCUUGGAAGUAGCUCCAAGGCCAAAGAGUCAUUAGUCUAUAGCUAUGGGAAGAGUUUCAAUGGAUUCGCUGCUAAAUUAUCAGAGGAAGAAGCAGCCAUGUUUUCAGAGAUGGAAGGAGUCGUUUCGAUACUCCCUAACACCAAGCUGCAGCUCCACACUACAAGAUCAUGGGAUUUCACGGGCUUGCCGCAGAAUUAUUUGAACCUUCCUCAUGAAGGAGAUGUUAUUGUGGGAGUGUUAGAUACAGGUGUCUGGCCUGAGUCCGAGAGCUUCAGCGACGUUGGGUUCGGCGCUCCUCCGGCAAAAUGGAAAGGGAUUUGCCAGACUGUAGAUAACUUCACCUGCAACAACAAGCUCAUUGGAGCUCGAUACUACAACAGCGAUAACUACUAUGAUGAUACAGACUUCAAAUCUCCGAGAGACUCAGAAGGACAUGGGACCCAUACUUCUUCCACAGCAGCAGGCCGAGCUGUACCUGCAAGCUACCAUGGGUUAGCCAAAGGCAUUGCAAGAGGCGCAGUCCCGCAAGCUAGAAUUGCCGUGUACAAAGUAUGCUGGUCGUCUGGAUGUGGCCUGGCUGAUAUCUUGGCUGCUUUUGACGAUGCAGUAGCAGAUGGUGUCGACAUCAUAUCGGUUUCCCUUGGAUCUGGUUAUCCAUCACCGUACUUCCAUGACCCCAUUGCAAUUGGAUCAUUCCAUGCAAUGAAGUAUGGGAUCUUGACCUCGAAUUCAGCUGGAAACUCUGGCCCAUACCCAGUAUCCGUCUCCAACUACGCACCUUGGACUUUGACGGUGGCCGCAAGCACAAUCGACCGGAAGUUUGUGUCCCAAGUGGCGCUUGGCAAUGGACAGACCUUCACUGGAAACGCCAUCAAUCCAUUUGAACUCAAUGGUACAUCAUACCCGAUGAUAUAUGGAGGAUCCGCUCCAAACGUAUCAGCUGGUGCAAACGCUGAUAUUUCAAGAUCCUGUGAUACCGGAUCUCUCAAUUCAUAUAAAGUGCGAGGGAAGAUCGUCCUCUGUGACUACAUCUAUGACGGUUCUGGGGUGAUAGAGGCCGAAGGAUUGGGCAACAUCAUGGCUGACUACCGAUACUCUGAUUUCGCCUUCUCUUAUCCAUUGCCCAGUACUCUUCUCAGUAUUGAAGAUGGUGCGAAAGUAUUGGACUACAUUCAAUCUACUGACAACCCCAUCGGAACAAUCCUCGCUGGCGAGACAUGGAAAGAUGUUUCUGCUCCCCGUGUCAUCUCCUUCUCUUCCAGAGGACCCAACCCAAUAACUCCAGACAUUCUCAAGCCGGAUUUGACGGCCCCCGGCGUAGACAUCCUUGCCGCUUGGUCACCGGUCGCCCCUCCUUCCAUUUACUAUGCAGAUACCACCAGCGUCAAGUACAACAUAAUCUCGGGCACCUCAAUGUCUUGCCCACAUGCCAGCGGUGCUGCCGCCUUUGUCAAAGCUGCUUAUCCGAACUGGUCCCCCGCAGCGAUCAAAUCCGCACUCAUGACUACAGCUUACGUCAUGGACGCUAGGAAGAACGAAGAUGCGGAAUUUGCUUAUGGAUCUGGCCACAUCAAUCCCAUGGCAGCCAUAAAUCCCGGGUUAGUAUAUAAUGCAACCGAGCAAGACUACGUUGAAUUCCUCUGCAAUUCGGGCUACAACACCACCACAUUGAGGAUUGUGACUGGCGAUUCAAGCACAUGCUCUGGCAACAGUACUGGCAAUGCUUGGGACCUCAACUACCCAUCCUUUGCACUGUCUAUACCAGAUGGCCAAUCCAUUCGGGGUACCUUUCACAGGACAGUAACCAAUGUCGGGUCUCCAAACUCUACCUAUUACGCAACUGUCUAUGCACCAUCCUUCCAAGUGUCUGUCGAACCAUCCGUCCUUUCUUUCACAUCGAUGGGUGAGACAAAAUCAUUUACAGUUAAGGUGAGCGGAGGCGUCAUUGCUCAGCAGCCCAUAAUUUCUGGUUACAUUGCAUGGAAGGAUGGUGUUCAUGUCGUGAGAAGCCCGGUAGUGGUUUACACCGUACUUCCUGAUGGUCCGGUUUCUAUCAAUAACGCUCAUGAAGGCCCAUCCAUGCGUCAUAGGAAUGGUAUCUUUGGGCGCAUUUAGUGAACAAAUGUGUAGAAGUGAUAUGGUUCAGAUGAUUCACCAUGUUUGUUCUGUUUCUUUUGCUGCAAUGAG